CGCCCACGAUGGGUCAGACACUCAGCGAGCCGGUGACGACGAAGCACUCUGACGAGGGAAGCGAUGCUCGGCUGGCGUACGCAGUCAGCGAGAUGCAGGGCUGGCGACUAAGCAUGGAAGACGCACACGCGACCAUCCUGCAAUUAGACGAUCCAGCGCUACAGGGCUCUUCUUCCGCCUCUCUGUCUGCAGAACGGGCAAAAGCACCAGACGGCAAUGGCUUCUUCGCAGUCUAUGAUGGUCACGGCGGCGGCACGGUCGCUCGCUUUGCAGGUGAUACAGUACAUUAUAGGUUGCGACAGACGCCGGCAUAUAAAGCGGGCAAGUAUGAGCAGGCGCUCAAGGAUGCUUUCCUCAAGACCGAUGAAGAUCUGCUAUCGAACCCAGAAUUCCAAGCGGAUCCAUCAGGCUGCACAGCUGUAGCGGCACUCUUCACGACCGACGGCAAGAUCCUCGUCGCCAAUGCGGGUGACUCACGAUCUAUACUCUCUUGUGGGGGCGAGGCGAAAGCCAUGUCACACGACCAUAAGCCUGUCAACGAAGGCGAGCAAGCCCGCAUUACUGCAGCGGGCGGCUUCGUCGAGUUUGGGCGAGUGAACGGAAAUCUCGCAUUAUCGCGCGCGCUUGGGGAUUUCGAGUUCAAGCGCAGCGCGGAGCUGGACGCCGAACAUCAGAUCGUCACAGCCGAUCCAGACAUCAUCACACACGACGUUACAGCAGAGGAUGAGUUCCUCAUCAUCGCAUGCGAUGGUAUAUGGGACGUGCUCACCUCGCAACAGACUGUCGACUUUGUGCGACGGACAAUAGCGCAAGGCAACACGCUCAAGGAAGUCGUGGAAAAGACAAUAGAUCUCUGUCUGGCACCCGAUUCUGACUGGGGCGGCGUUGGCUGCGACAACAUGACCAUGCUCGUCGUUGCUCUGCUGGGCGGUCGGACGCAAGAGGAAUGGUACGCCUGGGUCACCGAUCGCGUGAACAAGGGCGUCGGCUAUGCAACACCGCGAGAGCUGCCGCAACCCUUCACUAUCCCACCGCGCAACGAUCAGGUCGGCGUGGUGGGAAGGGGUGCAGGCGGUAUACCGGGCUCAUUGGUCAACGUGAUCCAGGGCUCGCUCGCGAACCAUCCGAUUGCUGCUCGCCAGGAUGCCGAGAAAUUAUCUACAGCGCCCGAAGGCUCUGCCGAAGCUUUGAGACGCGAUACAAUCACUAUCGGCGACGACGCGGCGAUGGAGACCGACGAGCCAUCCGCGCCGGAGACACAGAUGAACGCAGAGACGCCCCAUCCUGCCGUGCAGGCUGAGGGCCUAUCGGACAAGAGUGAGGACCCGACGCUCAAUACAGCAAGCGAAUAGUCCGAGCUCUUAGCCCAGCGCUUUUCAUGAUACCCUCUUGUAUAUUUCGAGC